AUGUUACCGAAGAACAGCAAAAUGCCUGCAAUUAAGGAUAGCCACAUCGUGAAGAUUGCGGUCGAGUUUGUGGACAAAACGCCCCACCUGUACCCACAGCUGAUCGAGUUCGACCAACGGCAACCACUGAGUGCCAUCAUCCAGAACCUGUGCAGCUCGUGGGGCAUCCCGGACGCGGAAAGUUACGCCCUGCAGUUCGAUGGCAUCAACUACGUGACGGAGAAGAACCGCAACGAGGUGAAGAACGGGACGGUGCUGAAGCUACGCUUUUCCCCAUCCAAAACGACCAACGAUAUCCUGGAGAAGCUGAGGAGUGGCACCGACGACGAGAAGGUGGUCGAACUGAAGGAACUGCAGGUGUUGAGCGCCGACAACACGUUCGCGCUCGAGUUCAUCAAGGAGCAGGGACUUCGGUUGAUCAUCGCGCUGAUCGAGGAUCCGAGAUGUGAGGAGCGUAUCCUGGAGUACGCGUUAUGUUCGUUCGUGCAGCUCAUGGAGCACGGAACCAUUUCGUGGGACAUUCUCGAACCCUCGUUCAUCAUGCGCAAUGUGGCUUUCAUUAAUGGGCCGUCGAAGCCGGAAAUCAUCCAGUCGGCACUGUCCAUCUUGGAGAACAUCGUCCAGAGCAGCAACAAGUACGCGCUGGUUGAGAAAGAGAUCACGCUCGAGACGCUGCUGAAGCUGUUGCGUGAUGCGGCCCGCACGCAAGUGCAACAGAACGCGAUCGCUCUGUUGAAUGCACUUUUCAUCAAGGCGGACGACACCAAGCGCCGGAUGUUGGCGACAACGCUCGGAUCGAAGCAAUACCGGAGCGUUAUUAACAGCGUCAUUACGCCAUCGAUGGGUGCAGAGAUGGCACAUCAGCUGUACGUGUUGCAAACGCUAACCCUCGGGUUGCUCGAGCAACGCAUGAAGACGGCGAUGGACGUGCAGGAUCAGGACGCACAGGAGAAGAUCAAAGAGCUGCGCCGAAUAGCGUUCGAGGCCGAUGGCAUCGAUCCGGUGCCCGAUGUAACGGCUCGCCGUCAGCACGGUUCAUCCUACUCGAGCUACUACAAAAAGCUCGGCUUCAAGUGCGACAUCAAUCCGGCACAGGAUUUUUUCGAAACCCCCCCGGGAACGCUGGCGCUGGAUUGUAUGAUCUAUUUCGCGCGUAACUACACCCAAAGCUACACGAAGGUCGUGCACGAGAACAGCUGCCGAGCGGAUGAGCACGAGUGUCCGUUUGGUCGCACCAGCAUUGAGCUGGUGAAGGUCCUGUGCGAUAUCUUCCGCAUCGGCGAGUCGCCCUCCGAACAGGGGCAGGAGUUUUACCCGAUGUUCUUCACGCACGAUCACCCGUUCGAGGAGUUCUUCUGCAUCUGCAUCGUGGUGCUGAACAAAACGUGGAAAGACAUGCGCGCCACGACGGAGGACUUCGUGAAGGUGUUCUCGGUCGUGCGAGAACAGAUCGUACGCAGCAUCGUGGGCAGACCGGCGAGUCUGGAGGAUUUUAAGGCGAAAAUCAACACGUUCACGUACAACACGAUCACGACGCUGCGACAGCAAGAGCGCACGUCACGCGAGGAAUGCGAAUCGACGGCGUCGGCCAUCGUUAGUCUGAAGAAGAAAAUUACGCCAGAAAUCCGAGCGCUCAUCAAGGAACAGCGGUUGGGGUAUCUGAUUGUCGGGACGCGUUUUUGCAAGUACACCGGGGGCAAGCGUGAACGCGACAAGUACUGGUACGUGCGGCUUUCACCGAACCAUAAGGUCGUCCACUAUGGGGAUUGUGAUGAGAAAACGGUCCCAACGCUGGAGGAACUCUCGAACAAGCUGCCCGUCAUCGACAUCCGCCAGAUGCUGGUCGGAAAGGAGUGUCCACACAUGAAGGAGAUGCGCUCAAAAAAGGCCUCCACACCGCUCGGGUUUUCACUGGUGCCGGAGAGCAGCGAACAACCGACGCUGGACUUUAUCGCACCCGACGAGGCCACGUUCAACUACUGGACGGACGGGAUUAACGCGUUGCUCGGUCAACCGAUGACCAGCAAACAGCAGGAGGAAGACUUCGAAACGCUCCUGUCGAUGGAGAUCAAGCUGCGGCUGCUCGACACGGAGGGUGUCGACAUCUCGAAGGAUCCACCAACGAUCCCGGCUGAACCGGAGAACUACGAUUUCUGCUUCGACAGCUAAGCAGCAGUUUUAGCAGUGGAUCGUGGCGAGUGCGCGCAGCAAAUUCCAACUUAUUACAUUUACAGGAGUGAAACCAAAGUUUUCGUUACAAAAAUCAGCGCCGACGAAGCCGAUUGUUAUCGAUUGUUCGAGUCUCAAAAGCAAUUCCAGCAAACGUUGGUUUUUACAUCUAUUUUCCUCAUUUCUUCCAUCGUAAUCGUUUCGCAGGUCGUACUAAUCGAUUACAGACCUCGUCGACAACGACGUUCUAGCGUAAGGCAAAUCGAUAUCAUAGUAAAACCAAAAAUAUUCCAUGCAAUAUUUUGCAAUAUUCAUUUCUAUAUGCUAAAGUAUCUAUGUAAUAGCGGGUGGCGCACGUGCUAUUUUAUUAGUUUUAUCCCUCAUCGCAAUCGUUUGAGAUUGGUCUAUUGCGGUGUUGGAUUCGGGGUAGGAGGACGUUCCGCUUCAAAAGUAUUUAUAAUCCCAUUGCCAAAAUUAUGUAGACUUAUCCGUGUCGUGUCGGUUGGAGAAAAAAUGCACCUACCGCAAGUAUUCCGGUCAGGUGUCGCUCUCGGAUACGAUCAAUAAAG